UAACAAUGAAAUAGUUUACGUUUUAUUUGUUUAGUAAACAUAUCGUAUGUAGAAGCAAAUGUGAUGAGUUCGUCAAGAGUAGUUAGGGGCAGUAAGGGCCGUAUCCUUUUAGGUAUCUUUGUAAUAGUCGCACUAACGAUUAUAAUUGCGUGCUUUAAUAACAUUUUGAAUCAAUUAAGCGAGACACGAAAGAACUACGAACAGUGCCACCAGCAGCAGGAGAACCUCUCGACGCAGCUACAAGUGAUAUUCGAUUACAAACAACGACUGGAGAAGUCGCUCAAAACGGAAAAGGCCGAACAUCAGCAGACGAAAAAGGAGCUGGACGCGCGACUGGAGGAGGAGCAGACGAACCACGAGAAGUCAGUCAGCGAGAUUAAUUUGAAGUUUUCUUCGUUGCAGCAACAUUAUAAUAUACUACAGGCCGAAUAUAACGAUUUUAAGGAGGAAUCGAGUAAGAUACAACGACAGCAGUUGAAUGAGGUGAAUGACUUGCAGUCGAAACUUAAGGAGCUUGAGGGGCAGUUUAAACAGUCAAUUAAGGAGAAGGAUAAGAAUUUCGAACAUCUUAAGACCCAGUAUGCGCAGAUACAGGUUGACAAAGAAAACCUCGAAAGUCAGAUGAAAGGAACACUAGACGGGCACAUCCAAUCUGAAAGUGACAUAAAUCACUUAAAAAAAGUAAACUUCGAAUUAACAAAAGAAAUUGAAGAACUUAAGAAAAAAUUACCCACCCAAAAUGAGGCGCAAGCGGACGACACAAACAUAAAACCUCCCGAAGUUAAACAAACAGACAACGAACCGAAAGAUCCAAACGAUAACGGCGACAAUGUCUUGCCGGCUCCCAACAAUGACUUACACCCAAACCAAAAGUCCAGCACUCCCAGUAGCAGUUCACUUGUUUCCAAAGCGAGCUUCGAUGCGGUUGCACCAAUUCACGUGCCGAUUGUAACAUCGAGCAAAACGCCUAACAAACAGGCCGAGCCACCCGCGCUCCCUCUUCCGUACAAACGGGUACUGCCGGCGGGCGUACCGCCGGUGCCCGCCGCCGCCGUCGACGAUUCGAAACCGAAACCCGAAGAGGAGAAGGACGUGCGAGACGAGAUAAACAACGGAUAUCCGAAUCGAUACCGGUCGAAUAUCAUCGUCAACGAAAUGGCGAAGGAGGAGGCGGAAAAACAGAGCGCGCUGAAAGUCGAGGCGGGCGAUAGGGAAAACAAGGCUCUAGAGGUGUUCGAUCCGCCGCUAAACAAUCUCGAUGCGUUCGGCAUUGAGGAUCCGCACGAGGUGAAACGUGUCCAACAAAAUAACGCCCCGGGUAUACAGGUGGAAGGUGUCAAAGCUCAAGGUCACAAUAAGGCGUACGACGCGCAAAAUAAUGGCGAUUAUGAUAAGGAGGUUAUGAACGACAUGCAGUUGGAGGAAGAAGCCGAGGACGAUGAUCCCGAUUAUGGGGACCAUAUGGCCAGAAAAGAUCCAGCUGUUCGCAAUUAAUUUUUUUAGGUACAAAUCUUUACGCCAAAAGGGCUGUCAACAAAGUUAUUUAGUAAAGGAUUGGAAGGUGGAGCGAUUUGAGCGCCAUCUCUCAAUUCUCGCAUUAUAUCAGCCCAUUCAAAUUUGGAGUAACUCCAAUGAGACCAUUUUGGUACAGAUUGGCGUUUGAAAAAUGGUGAUUAUUCCUUCUCGAAUAAGCCCGAUCACAUUUUCCUUUAAUUUUAAGUUUCUUUGAUGAAUUAAAACAGUAUUAAGAAGUUGAGUUUCCUACUUAAAUAAAAACAAAUUUUUUUACUCGUAGUGGAGGCAAUAUUAAAUGUCUAUUAUUAGGUAUAUAAGAUAGCUCAAUGUAAAAUAUUCGUAAUAAAUUAAUUGUAAUAAUA